UUUUUAUUGGUUCUAUUUCUCCUAACGUGUCAUAAACAGUGAAAUCCGGAUGGUGAUACAAAAAAAUCGUGGAUAUUAACAUUUUACAUAAAUGAGACGGUUAAAUUUUGGUUUAUGAAGGUGAAGAAACAAUGGAGCAGAAUAUUCAGAAUCUUCCCAUCGAUAUUCAGACAAGCAAACUUUUAGACUGGCUUCUGGACCGACGUCACUGUAAUGUGAAAUGGCAGAGUGCAGUGAAGGUAAUCAGAGAGAAGAUCAAUGCUGCCAUCCAGGACAUGCCAGAAAACGAGGAGAUCAAGCAGCUUCUCUCCGGCUCCUACAUUCACUACUUUCACUGCUUGAGGAUAGUGGAGAUACUGAAGGGAACCGAAGCUUCAUCAAAGAACAUCUUUGGCAGAUACUCAUCUCAAAGGAUGAAGGACUGGCAAGAGAUUGUGUCCCUUUAUGAAGCAGAUAAUGUUUAUUUGGUGGAGGUGGCCAGCUUGCUGAGUCGUAAUGUCAGCUAUGAAGGACCAGCUCUGAGGAAACAGCUCGCCAAAGCUCAGCAGCUGCAGCAGGAACUGAGCAGGCGGGAGGUGGAGUGCCAGAGCUCAGCAGCAGGACUAAGGGAACGCUAUUAUACUGCCUGCAAACAGUACGGCAUCAAUGGUGAAAAUGUGCCACGAGAGCUUCAAGCUCUGGUGAAAGACUUACCAGCAGUCCUUGAGGACGUUGGGAGGGAUGCAGCAAAGUUAGAGGAGCAAAUUCAGCUUUAUGCUGCUUUCACAAACUUUGUAUGUAAUUGGUCUGAACCAGUUCUGCCCAUGUUGACAUUUGCCCAGAAGAAAGGAAACGCAACAUUUUAUGAGUGGAAAACGGGGAAAGUCCCAUCUGUUGUUGAGAGGCCAAUCGUGGAGGAAGCACCUCCCGAGCAAGUCACAGAGGACACGAUUGACUGGGGUGACUUUGGCAAAGGAACAGACUCCGCUGGUGAGAAUGCAGGCAUCACAGUUGAGGAUGGAAUAGACUGGGGUAUCAGUCUGGAGCCAACAUCUGAGGACACCAGUGCAGGCAGCAUCGACUGGGGUGACAGCGAGACAGCUCCCAUUGAAAUUGAAAUUGUGGACGCAGGCACAAACUGUCCUGAGGGUGUGGCAAAGGGUGAGGAUGCUCUAAGUAUACUGGAAAACUCACACUCACGCAGCCAGUUCAUUGAUGAGCUAAUGGAGCUGGAGGUGUUCUUAACUCAGCGCCUCACUGAGAUGGGAGAGGAGGCUGAUGUGGUGGCCAUGAGCCAGUUCCAGCUGGCCCCCUCUGUGAUCCAGAACCAAACUUGUGAACAUAUCCGAGAGAUGCUCACUGAGGUGCAGGACCUUCUGGGCCGACUCACCUCCCUGAGGAUGCAGCAUCUUUUCAUGAUCCAGGCCUCACCACGGUAUGUUGAGCGAGUGUCAGAGGUGCUGAGACAGAAGCUGAAGCAGGCGGACAUUCUGGUCCAAAAAGCUGCCACGAUGGCUGAGAAGAGGCAGGAAGCUUUACAGGAGCAGUCCAGACUGGAGCCUCGUGUUGACCUGCUGGCAGGACGCACCCGGGAACUCCAGAAACUGAUUGAAGCUGACAUUUCAAAGAGAUACCACAACAGACCUGUCAACCUGAUGGGGGUUAAUAUUUAGUGAACUCCACAGAUGUUCUUCAAAAUAUGUCAUGAUGGAAUAAGAAAAAUAAAAUUGGUAUUUAAUUUAAA